AAGAAGCCACAAAGUGCGAAGAGUGGCACCGAAUUGCGUGGAGCGCGUAACCCGCAAAUGGGGACACCAUUGCGUUGAUUCGAACCGUUUGGCACUGCGCUGCGGGUGGAGAUCGCGCACUCAAGGGCCUAACAGAGGGGCAGCGAAGAAGACAUCUCCAGUCAUGGAAGAGUCUCUCGAACAGCAGCUGUCGACAGUCAGGCAAGAAAUCCAACAGAAUAAGGCCCACUACCAGGAUGUUUCAAAGGACAAAAUAGAUUUAGAGGAACUGAAAUUCGAACUGGAAAAGAAGACCCAGGAAUACACGGAUCGAAUUCAACGACUUCAGAAAAUAAUAGACACCGACCAAUUGGAAAAAGACAACCAGGGCGCAGUGUUUCAGAAGCAACUUGAUAAGGUUGAGCUGGAGAACACCCAGCUGGCGGAGAAGCAACAAGCGCUGAGGGACAAGUUACGGAAACUUGAGGAGGAGAGAUUGGGCCUAGAGCAACAGAGCAAGGUUUCCUCCUCUAUGCCCAAGAGACCCUUGGUGUUCAAUGGAAAGACAAAGGAAGGUAAAACCUGCAACGUGGACUUCAAUGUGAAGCCAAACAUCCACUAUCCAGUCCGCGGGGGGUGUGCGUUGGUUACCUUUGAGGACAAGGAAGUUGCCAAAACCAUUGUGGACAAGGGAGAGCACGUGGUUGAGAUCGAGGACUGCCACGUUAAAAUCAAGGCUCUUCCCAUUGAACUGCCAAUGCUUAAACAAAUUGAGAUUCAGACCUGCGUGUGUAAGGAACGAAUCCUCGUGUCCGAGAUCCCCAAGCUUCUUGCUGAUGACCAGCUGCUGGACAAGCUGGAGCUGCAUUUCAGCCGCCCGAGGAAUUCGGGAGGCGAGGUGAAGAGCAUCGACCUUCUGGAAGAUUCUGGCAAUGUGGUGAUCGCGUUUUGCGAAGAUGGAAUCGCUGAAAGAUUGACCAAGAAAGAGUUUCACCAAGUGGAGUUCCGAGGGAACUCGAGAGACUCGAAGGAUAAGAAAAUGCGUCUGAGGGUGUCCCCCUUCAUCAAUGGUGAACUCGUUGAUGUGAAGCUCUCCAACGCUGUGUGUGAGAGAAGCGUCCUGCUCACGGAAAUCCCGGACAUCAUGGAUCCCGAGGAAUUGCAGGAUCUGCUGGAGAUCCACUUCCAGAAGCCGAGCAUGGACGGCGGAGAAGUGGACACCUUCAUGUACUUGCCUCAGGGCCAGAGUGCGGUGGCCCGCUUCAAUAAGGAUGAAAGGCAAAAGGAAUACAAACCCAAUUUAUUGAUGGAUUCAUUGAUUGGUGGGAAUCAAAUCUAGGCGAGCGGAUAAACAUCGGAUGGACUGAACCUCUAUCUCUGUUACCGUUGUAAUCUUACACAGCUAUUGUACUAUAAUAAUAAGCUGUUGUGAAUUAUAAGGUUAUUUUAGAUAUUCUUAGAAAUCUUCAUGAACGAAGAGCAAGGAAUCGGGUUUUCCUCUCAUAAUUACUUCUGUGUUUGGCACGCACCGGGCUCCAUGACCCUCUCACCCCCAUCCUCGCCCGGCUCCGCUUGCUCCCCAUCCCCCAGAGAAUAGAGUUCAAAAUCCUCGUCCGCGCUUUCAAAGCCCACCACGGCCUCACUCCUCCCUACGUCUGUGAUCUGCUAACUCCGCAAUGACCUGUUUAAUGAGUCCCUCCGCUCAGCGGGCUCCAUCGCCCCUGCCCAGCUCAGCCCAGCCCAGCCCACAAUUGGUGGUCGGGCCUUCAGCCUCUCUGCCCCAUUAUACAAAUGUAAUUUGUUGUUGUUGUUAAAGCAGCCCCCGGGCUGUUCCUCUGUGUCUUUGAAAGUUUUGAGAUGUUGUAGAAUUGGGUGUCCUGUAGUUCAAUGGUUAGAGCACUUGCCUCGCAAGCGGGAGACCUGGGUUCGCUUCCCGGCAGAGCGAGACCUUGGGCAAGUUUCCUUACCCCACACGCCUGGCAAUAACCCCUCAAAAGAAAAUUAAUAAAUUGGUCACUUCAA